UCCGGGCCCGGGCGGCGGACUGCAACUCCCGGCAGGCUUUGGCUUCCCGGCGGCUCCGGCAGCCGCGCCCGCUGCGUGGUUGGGAAGCGCGGGGCAGGGACGCGCGGCCGCCCGGCGGUGUGCGGGACCCCGUCGUCAUGCACAGAAAACACCUCCAGGAGAUCCCGUCCUCCAGCAGCAAUGUUUCCACCAGCUUCACCUGGGACUGGGACUCCAGCAAGACCUCAGAGUUUCUCUCUGGCAUGGGAGUGUCUGUUCUUAAAAAGGACAAGCUGGGUAAUGAGAACACGCCGCAGGACCUGCUGGUGUCAUCAUCCUGUCCUCCUCAGAAACGGCAGAAGGUGAAGGACAAGGAAAAGGACUUUGUCAUUGUGCGCCGCCCUCGGAUGCUCCGAGAGACAGAGUCAGGUGUUUCUUGGGAUGCACUGCCAGAUGAAUUGCUUUUGGCGGUCUUUGCGUAUUUGCCCCUAAGUGAUCUGCUAAAAGUUUCCCUGGUUUGCAAGAGGUGGCAUCGUCUUUCAUUUGAUGAAUCUCUCUGGCAGACUCUGGAUCUGACUGGUAGAAAUCUGCUGCCAGGAGUGAUUGGACAAUUGCUGCCUGCUGGUGUUACUGUAUUCCGCUGCCCAAGAUCUUGCAUUGGGAAUCCAUUGUUUAAAACAAGCAAACCUCUCAGAGUACAACAUAUGGAUUUAUCAAACUGCACAGUGUCCGUGGUGGAUCUCGAGAGUAUUCUUUGUCUAUGUGAAAGGCUGCAGAACCUCAGCUUGGAGGGGCUAGUGCUUUCUGACAACAUUGUCAAGAGCAUUGCUAAGAAUCACAGCUUGAUGCGACUAAAUCUUUGUGGCUGCUCAGGGUUUUCUGCAGAAGCUUUGGAGCUGAUGUUGAGCAGCUGUUUUGCGUUGGAGGAGCUGAACUUGUCCUGGUGUGACUUCACAGCCACCCAUGUCAAAACAGCAGUCAGUCACAUUACUUCAAAAGUAACCCAAUUAAAUUUAAGUGGAUACAGACAGAAUCUACAAAUAGCAGAUGUUAAAACACUGGUGGAAAGAUGUCCUUUUCUUGUCCAUUUAGAUCUAAGCGACAGCGUGAUGUUGAAGCCUGAGUGCUUCCAGUAUUUUCAUCAACUCAUCUUUCUACAACAUCUGUGCCUUAGCCGAUGUUACCAGAUAUCACCUGCUGCCUUGGUAGAACUCGGUGAAAUUCCAACGUUGAAGACUCUUCAGGUAUUUGGAAUAGUGACUGAUAGCUCCCUCCAGCUCCUCAAGGAAACGCUUCCUGACAUGAAGAUCAAUUGUUCACCCUUCACAAGUAUUGCGAGGCCAACUGUUGGCAGUAAAAAGAACCAUGAGAUUUGGGGCAUCAAAUGCAGAUUGACACUGAGAAACCCUUGUGGCUUAUGAUCACGUGCAAUGCACUGGAUGCAAUGGACACACUGGGUAGUGAAGCUCCUUAAGAAGCAGUGUGCGUGAGCACCUUUAAUCGUAGUACUGUUAUUGUAAAAAGCUUUCUAACUUGGUCUUAUGCCUUAAAGUAGUUUCAUAAAUAUUAUAGUAUUUUUUUACUUAAAGCCUUUAGUAAUCUGAUCUAUGAGCAAUUGUAGGUUGUUUUCAAAGGGGAGUUUUCUUAAAAAAUAUGAAACGUUCACUGUAAUUAAUGUCAGCCUCUGGCAGCUGUUGCAGGUUCUGACGCAGCUUUUGUGCGUUGAGUUGUUCUAAAGGUGCUUUCGGUUAACUUCCAUCUCUGUCAAAUGGCUUGUAGAGGUGCUAGAUGCUUUAAAAAGGUUCAUUAAGGAAUCACCUUCACUUGAGCUUUUGAACUCAAAUUAUGGUAUUAAGUCUAUUGAAAUCCUUCAUUGAACAAGAUGUACAGUAAGAUGAGAAACAGAAUCUGAAUUCACCAAAUUUGGAAACACUGAACAGGGGAAAGGAUGUCUACACAAAAGCAGCUGAGACACUUCAACACUGUACAGGUUCAGAAGCUGUAUUAAGGAACUACAAGGAAAUUUUCUUUUGGUGAUUUGUGGCCUGCUAUCAGCAUCUUUGCUGAUGAUACUAAACUGGGGGGAGUGGCUGACACCCCAGAAGACUGUGCUGCUAUUCAACAAGACCUGGACAGGCUGGAGAGUUGGAUGGGGAUAAAUCUAAUGAAAUUCAACAAGGGCAAGUGUGAAGUCUUGCAUCUGGGAAAGAAGAACCCCAUGUACCAGUACAGACUGGGGAAUGAACUCUUAGAGAGUAGUGUAGGGGAAAGGGACCUGGGGGUCUUGGUGCAGAGCAGGGUGAGCAUGAGACAGCAAUGUGCCCUCAUGGCCAAGAAGGCAUCCUGGAGUAUUUAAAAGGGCUGUGGGCAGCAGAUUGAGAGAGGUUCUUCUCCUCCUCUACUCUGCCCUCCUGAGACCACAUCUGGAAUAUUGUGUCCAGUUCUGGGCCUCACUUCAAGGACAGGGAGCUGCUGGAAAGAGUUCCAUGCAGGGCGACAAAGAUGAUGGAGUAGAGCAUCUCCCUUAAGAUGAAAGGCUGAGGGAGCUGGGGCUCUUUAGCUUGGAGGAGACUGAGGGGUGAGCAUUAAUUUGUAAUUAAUUACAUUAAUUUGUAAAUUAAUGCUUACAAAUAUGUAAAGGGUGAGUGUCAGGAGGCUGGAUCCAGGCUGUUCUCAGUGAUGUCCAAUGAUAGGACAAGGGCCAGUGGGUACAAGCUGGAACAUAACAGGUUCCAAAGGAAACACAAGGAAGAAUUUCUUCAGGGUGAGGGUGAGAUCACAGAAUCAUAGAAUGGUAGGGGUUGGAAGGGACCUUUAGGGAUCAUCUAGUCUAACCCCCCUGCUGAAGCAGGACCAACCUAGAUCAGGUCACACAGGAACUCAUCCAGGCAGUUUUUGAAAACCUCCAGCAAAGGAGAUUCCACAGCCCAUCUAGGCAGCCCAUUCCAGUACUCCCUCACCUUCACACGGAAGAGAUUUUUGUGUUUUUUGGUUCUGAUGCAUAAGUACAGUGUUUGCUCUCUCAAUCUGAAGAAGAGUUCAGGACUAAACACUUGGUGAUACAGAACAGAUUAAUUACUUGGGGGAAAGUGGUAUGAGUACUAGAAUGCAAUAUUUAACUUGCUUUUCUAUAAUAUAGCAAAUACAGCAUUAUCAUGUGAAACUGUU